AUGGGCUCGGUGCAGGAUCUAGAGCCUAUCGAAAUAGCGAUCGUUGGCGGGGGGAUUGGCGGGCUUGCCUUGGCUAUUGGCUUGCAACAACAUGAUCAUAUCAGAAUCAAAAUCUAUGAGGCUGCCUCUAAGUUCUCCGAGAUUGGGGCUGGCGUCUUUUUUGGUGCCAACUCUAUUCGGGCUAUGAGCCUUAUACACCCUAGUGUUGGAGAGGCCUAUGCCAGAAUUUCGACGAGCGUGGGCUGGGAGUCAAAGAAGGAUACAUACUUUGAUUUUAUACUUGCACACGAGCUUCAUGGCCUACCUACCGGGACCCACAUCAUAUCUCCCAAGCUCUCGGCAACUGAGCGCCAUAGUACCGCUCACCGUGCGCAUUUUGUGGACGAACUCAUCAAACUUGUGCCUAACAGCAUGGCAGAGUUUGGCAAGAGGUUGACAGACGUUUCACGGGAUGAGAACAGAGGGAAAACCAUACUUAAAUUUGCCGACGGUAGCACCGCGGAAGCGGACGCGGUUAUUGGAUGCGAUGGCAUUCGUUCCGUUUGCAGGGAGUUUGUGCUGGGGAAAGGCAACCCCCUCUCGCAACCAAUGUUCACGGGGAAGCACGCAUAUCGAGGGCUGAUACCAAUGGACAAAGCUAUUGCUGCCAUAGGAGAAGAGAAAGCGCAGAACCGUUUCAUGUUUCUUGGUAAAGGCGGGCAUGUGCUCACUUUCCCCGUCGCCAACGGCGAUGUAAUGAACGUCGUUGCAUUCAGCACGACUAAGAGCGGGGUGUGGGAAGGCGAAUGGGUCAAGCGAAUGGAGCGAGAAGAUUUGGCAGCCGACUUCCAAGGUUUUGGAGAGGAAUGCCAGAAGAUAUUUUCGCUAAUGGAAAACACCGAUCACUGGGGCAUAUUCGACCUCUCCCCCGAACUCCCAACGUACUCAUCCCGAAGCCUCCGUCUCCUUCUCCUGGGCGACAGCGCACAUGCGUGUGCCCCUCAUCAGGGAGCUGGUGCUGGCCAAGCAUUAGAAGAUGCGUAUAUUCUCUCUCAUGUCCUCGGCGAGUGUCACUCUUCAUCAGACCUACUCGCUGCAUUUAAAGCAUAUGAGAGCGUGCGUAUGCCGAGGGCCAAAUUUGUCCAGAUCCAUGGACGUCGACAAGGAGAACUGCUGGACCUGCAAAGACCAGAUGUGGGAGACAAUUUAGAGAAACUAAAGGCUGUUAUUGAUGUCCCAAUUAGAGAGAUCUGGAACUGCGAUUUGGGCGCCGAAUUAGAGAAGGCAUUGGCAGUAAUGAAGGCAGAAUUGGAGAAAGGCCGAGCACAAUCAUCAGUGUCUGAGUAA